UGGCAGUCCGGGCGGGCGGGGAGACUCGGGGCCGCUGUGGGGAUCGACGACAGCAGAUUGACAUCCAUCCAUCGAGCAGCGGGACGUGUGAACGGCAGUCACCAUCAUGGCUGAGGGAGUGGACCAGGGAGGAGAUUCAGUGGCCUCGACAAUGAGGACAGGCGACGCUCCUCCAAUGUCUUCGAUGAUGGAGCUCCUGGAAAGGUGUGAUGAUUCGCAGCUGCUGGAUUUGACAAAUCAUUACCGCCAGAGGCUGGAAGAGGCGAUUCAAGAGGAAGUGAAGAAUGUCGCCUUCGUUCUAGCGUACGAGAAAUAUUUCAGUGAGCAAGAGUACAAGCAAGUCAUCAAACGCACGAAGAGAGGAAGCCGUGCGGCCGGUUCCACACUUCUCCUCAACCUGGUGACUGAGAAAGAGCCACGGGUCCUUAAACUGAUAUGGAAAUGCUUCGUAAAAAUGCACCACCUGCUCCCCGAACUGAAAGCAAUGGAGGAAGAAGGUUCUGAUCUGAUCGAAUCGUUCAAAAACAUGAAGCUUUCCUCGGAACUACCUACUGAUCUGGAAGGGACGAGUUACUCCAGUACUAUUGUGCUCUGUGAUACAAUCAAACACCUCGAUCUGGAUAGCUGCAGCAUUCAGUGUGAAGGUCUCCAGUGGCUGAAACCGAUUCUGCACAAGUGUCAGCACUUGAGUCUGGGAGACAACGACCUGGGAAAUUCCGGAGUGAAACUGGUGUCUGAAGCUCUGAGGAACCCGGACUGUAAAAUACAGACACUGGGGCUGAACAGUGUCGGUCUCACAGUUUCUGGAGCCGUGGAUCUCGCCUCCGCUCUCAGUACAAACCACACGGUGACGAAGCUGGUCCUGAGUGGGAAUAAACUGGGAGAUUCCGGAGUGAAACUGGUGUCUGAAGCUCUGAGGAACCCGGACUGUAAAAUACAGACACUGUGGCUAGGCAGUGUCGGUCUCACAGAUUCUGGAGCCAAGGAUCUCGUCUCCACUCUCAGUACAAAGCCCUCAUUGACGAAUCUGUGCCUGACACACAACUCCCUCACAGACCUAUGUGUCCCCGCUCUCCGCCGCCUCAUACCGACCUUCCCGAGACUGGAGCAGAUCAGGUGAGUGUUUGUGUUAAUG